CAAGAACAAGACUACCUUUCCCCUUACUCAUCGAAAAACGCAGUGUAGGAAAAACACAGUAUCUCCUGCUGUUUGCUGACUAUGGGUAUCAACAGAAAGGUUUGUGUCUCUGUUGCCAUCCUGCUCGUGCUGAGUUUCGUGCAAUUGCUCACCGUUUGCGUGUCCUGGGAUGCUCUCGACGUGAAACAGCAUUUACAUAAAUUAUCAAAGCAAACCAACAACUACGAGCCCUCUGUUUCAAAUGCGAAAACAGGAACGGACUUUGCGUCGCUCUUGGAGCCACCAGUAGUCAUUUUCAGUCGAACGACUUGUCCGUACAGCAGGAGAGCCAAGCACUUGCUUCUUGAAACACUGGACAUUGUUCCUAAGCCUGUUGUUAUUGAAACCGACGAACACGAACACACAGAUGAGCUCCGGAAAUGGCUCGAGAGCAUCAGUGGCAUUGCGACUGUACCAAACAUCUUCGUCUACGGACAGAGCAUCGGCGGGUUCACGGAUGUCGAUGCAUUGCACUCGUCACAGGCGCUAGAAAGCGUUUUCGACCGUCUGAGUCACGGCGAUGUUGUUAUUGUAAAGGAAUAGUUGCGCUGCACUGUCGUGCAGCGCGUUAAAGUAAUUAACGA